UUUAACUCACUGUAUUGGAAAAGCCCUCAAAAAUACAUUUAUUUCUGUUGACCCAAAUGCUAUAACAAGUAGCUGCAAAUAUAGAGAUAUCUAUAGCCUGUAGUAAACUCAAAGAAGACAAAGACAACCAAUUGAACCAUCCCAAGUAAUCCAAAGGCCAAGCAUUUUUGCCCAGCCAAUUAAAGACAAGUCUGACCACCUACCGAGACAGAGAACACUCAAAAAAUAAGAGCUUGUUUGGCUUUCAAGUUUAAAAACUGUUUUCACUUUUUAAAAACUAAAAAUAGUUUUUUAAAACUAAUUGAUAGUGUUUGGCUAAAAUUUUUAAAAAUCAUUUUUAAAAACUGGAUUAAAAAAAAAAACAAAAAGCUGAAAACAUCAAAAUGAUGUUCUCUGAAUUUUUAAAAACUCAACAAAAAUUCUCAAACGAAAAAGAGAGAACGAGUUCUCUGAAUGUGUUCUCUCUAUCCUAUAGUGUAAUCAGGUUUUGAAUUGCAAUGGGCUUACUCCAGAUUUGAGUUCUAAAGAGAAGACAAGUUGACAAAUAAGGACUAAGAAUAAUCAAAUGGAUGAUUCUAGUUCUAGUUCUAGUUCAUCUUCUACAGAUAGCGAUUUCGAUGACUUUUCAGAUUUUUUGAUGCUAUACCUUCUAAGUGAUUAUAAUGAGAAGUUUAUUGAGAAAAUCCCUCAACGAACAUCUGUUUUAAGUGGAGAGGAUUUUGUGAAACAAUUAUUAGGUGGUCAUGAGAGAACAUGUUACGAAUUGUUGCGAAUGGAUAAGAAUGUAUUUGUUGAGCUUUGUACUUGUUUAAAACAAAAAGAAUACAUUAAGGACACCCGAGAGGUUAAAGUUGAAGAGUCAGUUGCUAUUUUUCUUAUGAUUGUUGGUCAAAAUAUGAGAAUGAGACUUAUAGCAGAUCGAUUUCAACAUUCGCUUGAAACCAUUGAUAGGCAUUUUCGUCUAACAUUGAAGGCAAUAUGUAAAUUAGGACAAGAUAUCAUUCGUCCAACUCAGUCUCCAUUACCUUCUCGUAUUGUCAAUUCCUCGAAAUACUAUCCAUGGUUUCAGAAUUGUAUAGGUGCAAUUGAUGGAACACAUGUGAGUGCAUGUGUCCCUGCAGAUAAGCAAGUCAGUUACAGAGGUCGAAAAAAUAUAGUAACACAAAAUGUUUUAUGUGCUUGUAACUUCGACAUGUUCUUUACUUUUGUAUCUGCUGGUUGGGAGGGCACUGCAAAUGAUUCCAGGGUGUUUAUAGAUGCAAUUACAACACCUGAAAAUUUAGUUUCCACUGCCUGAAUAUAAGGGGGUUUUGCCACCAAAAC